AGGGCAUAUCCUGCCUCGCGCCCGUCCCGCGGGCCAUGGCAUCGUCAUCUCCUCUCGCCCGUGCUCACAGCCCCUCCACCUCCACCUCUUCCGUCACCGCCGCCCUCCUCGCCUCCGCCUCGCCCAUCCCCCCGCGUCGCUUCCUCCAGCUCCACGCGCACCUCCUCCGCACGGGCCUCCUAGCCCUCUCCCCCGUCACAACCACCGCCGCCUUCCUCUCCCUCGCGGCCGCCUCCCUCCCGUCCCACCGCGCGCUCGCGGUCCUCGACCACCACCUCACCGCCGCGUCCUCCCUCCCCUCCACCUUCCAGUGCAACUCCAUCCUCCGCGUCCUCUCCGACCCUUCCGACGCGCUCCGCUUCCUCCGCCGCAUGCGCGCGCUCGGCCGCCGCGGGAACGCCUUCACCCUCGCCAUCCUCCUCAAGCCCCGCUGCGCGCUCGCGCACGCGCGCCAGCUCCACGCCAACGUCGUGGCGGAGGGUCACCUCCGCGACGCCCUCCUCGCCACCUCGCUGAUGGCGUGCUACGCGAACCGCGGCGAUGGGGACGGCGCGCGCAAGCUGUUUGGCGAAAUGCCCGCGAGGGACGCGGUCGCAUGGAACGUUCUGAUCAGCUGUUGCGCGAGGAACCGGCGGACAAAGGACGCUCUGAAGCUUUUCGAGGAGAUGAGAGGCAGGGACAGCGGGGCGGAGCCAGAUGACGUCACCUGCAUUCUGCUCCUCCAGGCAUGCACGAGCCUGGGCGCGCUUGAUUUCGGGGAGCAGGUGUGGGCGUAUGCGGAGGAGCAUGGUUAUGGGGCCAAGCUGAAGGUGCGCAAUUCGUUGAUUGCGAUGUACUCGAGGUGCGGGUGUGUGGAUAAGGCAUACAGGGUGUUCUGUGGGACUCCUCAGAAGAGUGUGGUCACAUGGAGCGCAAUGAUCUCAGGAUUGGCAGCUAAUGGUUUUGGGGAUGAUGCUAUCUCAGCAUUCGAGGAGAUGAUUAGAUCAGAUGUUGCUCCUGAUGAACAGACUUUUACUGGUGUUCUUUCUGCAUGUAGUCAUAGUGGGCUGGUUGACGAGGGUUUUAGGUUUUUUGAUAUGAUGCGAUGUGAGUAUGGGUUGAAGCCAAACGUUCGCCACUAUGGAUGCAUUGUUGACCUAAUGGGACGUGCUGGCUUGCUUGAUGAGGCUUAUGAGCUUGUGACAAAUGAGAUGAAGGUUGCACCAGAUGCGACAAUUUGGCGAACUCUUCUUGGUGCUUGCCGAAUCCAUGGUCAUGUUGAUCUUGGGGAGCGUGUAAUCAGUAAUCUAAUUGAACUGAAGGCGCAGCAAGCUGGUGACUAUGUUCUAUUGCUGAACACUUAUGCAGCAGUUGGGGAAUGGAGCAAGGUAUCUGAAGUCAGGAAGUUGAUGCAGGAAAAAGGAAUACAGACUACUCCUGGCUGCACGACUGUGGAGCAUAAUGGUGAGGUUUAUGAGUUCAUUGCAGAUGAUGAUGCACAUCCAAGGAAGGUGGAGAUUUAUGAAAAGCUCAAUGAGAUAAAUAAGCAGUUGAGGAUUGCUGGUUAUGUUCCAAAUGUGUCAUCAGAGUUGCAUGAUUUGGAUUCAGAAGGGAAGGAAAGUGCCCUCACCUAUCACAGUGAAAAGCUGGCAAUUGCUUUUGCUUUGCUUGUGACACCUCAGAACAGGCCAAUAAGGCUUGCAAAGAAUCUUCGUGUUUGUGUUGACUGCCACAAUUUCACAAAGGUGUUUUCUGGUAUUUACAACCGACUAGUUAUUGUCAGGGACAGAACACGGUUCCAUCAUUUUCAGGGAGGAAAAUGUUCAUGUAAUGAUUAUUGGUAGUCCACCCUUGCUUGUUUGUUGCAUUUGCAGUGCACCACAAGGAAUUGCAGUUACCACACAUACUUUAGAUACCAGAGCAACACUGAAUGCUGGCUGGAACUAGCACCCGAUCAUAAGCACUAUAUGAGCUUUAAUGUGAUGACAAGAAGGUUUCAUACAAUUGGUUUCUGGCUUGUCUGCUGUCAUGAACAAGGCCCUUUUUCGCCAAGUACAACUAUCAGCACUUAAGAACAAGGUCCGACGUAUGAGGUCUUUACACUGGGACCACAGUCUCAGCAAUUAGUAUUCAGGAUUGCCUACAACAGCAAUAUCGAAUACUCAGACAUUGGCUAAUUAAGAGGAUCAUUUAUACUGCAGCAUGUUGUAAAUAUUGGACUACUGGUAUUGCAACUACUGGGGAACUUUGAUGUCUUUACACAGAAAAUGUUCUUGCACAGAAUGGGAUUAUGGACCUGGUUUUCUCCAUCAACAGAUCCUGUAGACAAUGGGAUUUGCUGCUUACAAGGAAUGACCACAAGGAGCACGGACGGCAUAUCCAGAACGCGGUGGAAUAUCCCUAUGAAGAAGGUUCCUGUUUGAUGUUUCCCGAAUCAGUUGCAAUUAAUGAUUGAUCCUCAAUUCAAACAUCGAUCAGUGUUUGAUGUCUCCCGAUUCAGUUGCAAUCAAUUUAAACAUCGAUCAGGAUUUGAUGUUCCAUUGCACUUCUAUCAUUGAUGACGCUGAUUGAGCCUGGGCAUCUGAUUAAACUCUGUCAAAGCCUUGAACUAAGGUUGUCAGGGAGAUGCUUCCGUAGCCAAACAGGAGUAAUCGCGUGCACCUGCAUGUAAUCAGCAUCGCAUCUCCAGUGUAUAUCAUCUAGUUUUUUUUUCUAGUGCGUGUCGUUUACCUUGUGAGGAAGACUUUAAGCAGGGAUGAUAAGAAGACGAAUGGCAGAAGCAACAGGGUCACGUCGUGUCCAACGCUGAACGUUUCUUCAAUCACCCUUUGAAAAAAAAAAUGUGUCAAGCA